GGAUUCAGCAAUAAUACAGUAAAACAUAUCCAUAAACGUGGAAAAGAUUCGCGGUUUAUUGACAAGAGAUCCUAUGCACUGUUUACAGAAGCAUUAUUUGAUCGAUAAUAACGUGUUUUAUGGAAGAAAAGUGGUAUAGUUGCUAUAAAAAGAGGCUUGUCCGAUUACAAAUGUCAUUCCUUUUGUGACAAGUGAAUUUUGUUUUGAAAAAUAGUUGAUUGCUAUUGUGAUAGCGAACAUUUUUAGUUUUCACCUUUUUUAUUUCUUUUAGGCAAAAUUUAGAAGUUGCUUGAUUUUUUACGCUUAUUUUCAUUAUGAAGGCUGUUAUUCUUAUUGGAGGUCCUUCAAAAGGUACUAGAUUCAGGCCUCUAUCACUGGAUAUACCAAAGCCAUUAUUUCCAAUUGCUGGAAUACCUAUGAUUCAGCAUCAUGUUGAAGCAUGUAAAAAAGUAUCUUGUGUUAAUGAAGUUCUAAUCAUAGGUUCCUAUAAUGCUGCAGACAUUCAACCAUUUGCUGAUGAAAUGUCUCGCAACAAUGGCCUUAUUAUUAGAUAUCUACAAGAAUUUACACCUUUAGGUACUGGCGGAGCAAUGUACCACUUUAGAGAUCAAAUAAAAGCUGGGGGAGAAAACAGUUUCAUUAUUUUUAAUGGUGAUGUUUGUGCUGAUUUCCCACUGGCAGAACUCCUACAAUUUCACAAAUUAAGAGGAGCUGUUCUUACAAUUAUGUCAACAGAAGCAACAAGACAGCAGUCUUUGAAUUAUGGCUGUCUGGUUUUUAAUAAUGAAGGCUGUGUUGCUCAUUAUGUAGAAAAACCUUCAACAUUUGUGUCAACGCAAAUUAGCUGUGGUAUAUAUAUAGCAACCAAUGAAAUUUUUCAAAGAAUGGCUGAUGUUUUUUAUUCUGAUCGACCUCCAGCAAAACAGACAAUAGCAAAUGGUUAUGGCAAAGAUUCUGGUUACAUAUCGCUAGAGCAAGAUAUUAUGACAAAAUUGAUAAGUAGUGAGAAGUUGUUUGCACUACCAGUGACAAACUGGUGGUCGCAGGUGAAAACUGCUGGCUCUGCCAUUUAUGUAAACCGUCAUUAUUUAACUCUCUACAAACUGCAUAGGCCUGAGAGAUUAGCCUCGGCGACAACUAGCAAAUGUCAAAUUAUAGGCGACGUUUACAUUCACCCUACAGCGUCAAUUCAUUCCACUGCCGUUUUGGGACCAAACGUAUCGAUAGGCGCGAACGUGUCAAUCGGCGCGGGAGUUCGCAUCCGAGAGACGAUAGUGAUGGAUAACGCGCGCAUCCAAGCGCACUCGAUCGUCCUCUAUAGCAUCGUUGGCAAAGACAGCUGCGUGGGCGAGUGGGCGCGUGUCGAAGGCACACCCUGUGACCCCAAUCCCGACAAGCCUUUCGCCAAGAUGGAGAAUCGCCCACUUUUCAACAAUCACGGACAACUCAACCCUUCGGCGACGAUCCUUGGGUCCUGCGUGAGUCUGGCUUCCGAAAAAAUUCUGCUGAAUUCUAUAAUAUUGCCGCACAAAGAGCUAACUAGAGACUUUAAAAACGAGAUCGUAUUGUAAGUUUGAUAUAAAACUCAUAUCUACGCAGGUUGGACAUCGACGCAUCGUUGACUGUACAAUUGUUUCCAUGAAUAUAUGAUCCAACGAUGAUGUCGCAAGCAAUCUUUUUUACAAAACGAGUAUGCAUAAUAGUGACACUAUUGUUUUUACAAAAGAUUUGUUGAGUUUGUUAAUUUUAAUGAAUAACUAUGAUAAAUAUCACGCGCGCACACACACACACACACACACACACACACACACACACACACACACACACACACACACACACACACACACACACACACACACACACACACACACACACACGCACGCACGCACGCACGCACGCACGCACGCUCGCACGCACGCACACACACACACAAACCAAUAUCGCAAGCUGCAAUUUAUAGGCUUAUAUUCAUUAAUAAGUGUUUGUAUUGUAAGAUUAUAGAGCAAGCACAAAACAAAGUUCAGUUAUAUAUUAUUCCGCACAAUAAUCUUCUUUCUGUGAAUACGUGAAUAUCUAUUGCAAUAGACAACAAAAAAAAACAUCGCUGUUUACGCGACAUAAAAUCUUCGAGCUUCGUUUAUUUUACUACUCUGAAUGUUUAUCCUUAAAAGCGGAAAACGGACGCUUUUUGUACAUAAAAACGAAAGAAAACUGUAAUAAACGAAUUUUCGUUAAAA